AUGACUGUGUGACAUGAAACAGGUGACCUCCCUUCAAUGAACCUGCCUUCUCAUCUGAAAAAUGGGGCAAAUUCUGACUUCCCUUCAGGAGGGUGAAAAGAUGUGCACUCUUGAAGGCACCAAGAAGGGUCUGUGUAAAUAUGAGUCCCCUUUCCUUCCUCCCUCUCCAGCUCGGUUCCUAGAGAAGUGUAAUGUCUAGGGAAACGGUGUGGAGCAUGUCACAGAGGCCACAAGCCUGGAUGCAGGCUGUGUGACCUUGGGCCAGUUCCUCUCUCUUGUUGGGUCAAAGGAGGGGUUGAGGUGGCUGGUGUCUGGGGGCCCUUCUGGAAUGGUUACAGGUGACCAGGAGGUCCUGACCACUCCUCUCUGCCCCUUGACCCCCUUGGGGACCCAGGUGGGACUUGGCUCUUCGGCCAUGGGCAAGCAGAACAGCAAGCUGCGGCCGGAGAUGCUGCAGGACCUGCGGGAGAACACGGAGUUCUCAGAGCUGGAGCUGCAGGAGUGGUACAAGGGCUUCCUCAAGGACUGCCCCACAGGCAUCCUCAACGUGGACGAGUUCAAGAAGAUCUAUGCCAACUUCUUUCCCUAUGGCGACGCCUCCAAGUUCGCGGAGCACGUCUUCCGCACCUUCGACACCAACAGCGACGGCACCAUCGACUUCCGGGAGUUCAUCAUUGCGCUGAGCGUGACCUCGAGGGGCCGCCUGGAGCAGAAGCUCAUGUGGGCCUUCAGCAUGUACGACCUGGAUGGCAACGGCUACAUCAGCCGGGAGGAGAUGCUGGAGAUCGUGCAGGCCAUCUAUAAAAUGGUUUCGUCCGUGAUGAAGAUGCCGGAGGACGAAUCGACCCCGGAAAAGAGGACUGAGAAAAUCUUCCGCCAAAUGGACACAAACAACGACGGCAAGCUGUCCCUGGAGGAGUUCAUCCGCGGGGCCAAAAGCGACCCGUCCAUCGUGCGCCUGCUGCAGUGCGACCCCAGCAGCGCCUCCCAGUUCUGAGCGACAGGAGCCAGGCCCCUCUCCUCCCUGCCUUCACCGGCCCCAUCCCGGCUCUCAGCUUCCUCUCCUUUGUGUCUAUCCAGGCUGGGGGCCAGACUGGGGACUCCCACCCCGGGUCUGCACUGUGGGGGGCCCCUGGAAAAGGGAAGCCUGCAAGUAAGGGCCCAAGUAAGCAAGCCGUUAGCAUUCCACCGUCCAAGAAAGAGCUCCCUUUGGUGAUGACAGAGAUACCUUCUCUGACUUGGUCUGCUCCUCCGAGUCAGCCCGCCCUUAGCCAGACAGCCCCACCAUCUCCCACCCUCCCAUGUCUCUGAGGCCAGGCACCUCCAGACCUGGGAAGUGCUCCCCCUCUGGUAGGUCUCAGACUGGGUAGAGGUUGGGGGUCAAGUCCAGGUGAGGAGCCUAUUUGUUUGGAGGGAAGAGAAGGAUUCCAGGGUUGUUGAGGGUUCAGGGUUGUGGAGGUUUGAGGAAGAAGAUCCUUUAAGUUACUCUGCCCUGCAGGAGGGCUCCAACCCUUCCUGCCCAGUUCUUGGAGGCCGUGAUAGGGACGCAACACCUCCCAGGAUUCCAGCAGUAGCUGUGGUCCCAUAAACCCUGGCUACCUUUGAGCUCUUGGAUGGACACAGCUAGACACAGACCACAGAUCUACCCCUCUGUA